AUGUUGUUUCGCAGGCGCCGGAGAUGUGGGAACGUCGAGGACAUCAAGAAAACCCAGAAGGACCGCAAAACCAAUGCGCCACGAAUGCUCCCCCAAGUGCGGCCCCGUGCAUUGUCGAAUCCACGCUCCGGCGAGCCGAUUCAUCCAUGGAAUCCAUUUAGCAAGUCUAUCCAGCAGACAUUCGAUCAGUCUCAAUCGCUCCUCUUCCACUUACCAUCAGAAGUCCGCCUACAGAUCUGGUUCGAAUUCCUUGGAGGCCGUUUGUUACAUAUUGCUCGGGCCCCGAAGAAGCUCCUCGCCGUCGAGUGUGUCGAGGAGUGGGAUCCUGAGCUCGACACCGGCUGGCAUUGGUGCUGGGGGAGCACAUAUGAUCCUCUGACCCUAGGAAAAACGCCUGGCUUCUACUUUUGUCCGAAGAGUCCUCAUUCCGCAGAACCGGCCAAUCUGCUCCCCUUGCUGCAGACAUGUCGGAUGAUAUAUAGUGAGGCAAUUCCAGUGCUUUACCAAAGCAAUAUAUUCGACAUUAACCACGUCGACACGCCUCUAUACCUCCGGCGGUCGGUCCCGCCGAAGCAUUUGAAUCAGACUCGUGUCUUGCACUUUACUUGGGAUUUCAAGGACAAUAUCGCAUGGGCCGACGAUGUCCCCUAUGAUACUGGCACCUGGCGUGAGAGCUGUAAGGCUAUUGCAAGUCUUGCCGGGUUACAGAAGCUCACGAUGCAUUUAACUGGAGAGACAGAUCACGCUCCGGGCAUGAGCGGGAAGGAUGACUGGGCGCCAUGGCUGGACGAGUUAGUGCGAAUUAAACCAGCAAUGGAAUUUCGCGUCUUCCUGCAUUGGCCAGAUAAGGAUUGUGCAGAAGUUGAAAAGGAAUGCGGAUACCUGUUCAAGAUAUUACCAACGGUCAAGAAGGUGCUGCCGCUAGUUCAAUUUGAUACAGGUGUAAUAUAA